GGAAGUCAUUCAGAAUUCAAAGGAAGUUCUUCGUUUAUUGCAAGAAAAAAACCCUGCCUUUAAGCCGGUUCUUGCCAUUAUCCAGGCAAGUGAUGAUAACUUGAUGCAAGAAGUGAACCAGAAUUUGGCGGAGGAGGCUGGCCUGAACAUCACUCACAUCUGUCUUCCUCCAGAGAGCGGUGAGGACGAGAUUAUAGAUGAAAUCUUGAAGGUUAAUGAAGACACCAGAGUACAUGGCCUUGCCCUUCAGAUCUCUGAGAACUCGUUUAGCAACAAAGUCCUCAAUGCCCUGAAGCCAGAAAAAGAUGUGGAUGGAGUCACAGACGUAAACCUGGGGAAGUUGGUACGUGGGGAUGCCCAUGAAUGUUUUAUUUCACCUGUGGCCCGAGCUGUAAUUGAACUUCUUGAAAAAUCAGGUGUCAGCUUAGAUGGAAAGAAGAUCUUGGUAGUAGGAGCCCAUGGGUCUCUGGAAGCCACCCUACAAUGCCUGUUCCAGAGAAAAGGGUCCAUGACGAUGAGCUCCCAGUGGAAAACACCUCAGCUUCAAAGCAAGCUUCAAGAGGCUGACAUUGUGGUCUUAGGCUCGCCCAAGCCAGAAGAAGUUGAAGAAGUUCCCCUUUCUUGGAUACAACCAGAAACGAUUGUUCUCAACUGUUCCCAUGAUUCAUUGACUUGGAAGCUUGGCUCUGGCUCUCCAGGUGUACCCUUCAGUGGUCCCAUCGCGGAAAAUGACGUGAGUCUCCUUGCUGCAGCUCUGCGGAUCCAGAACAUGGUUAGCAGUGGAAGGAGAUGGCUCCGUGAACAGCAGUACACGCGCUGGAGACUUCACUGCUUGAAACUUCAGCCGCUCUCCCCAGUACCCAGUGAUAUCGAGAUUUCAAGAGCACAGACGCCAAAAGCUGUGGAUGUCCUUGCCAAGGAGAUAGGAUUGCUUGCAGAUGAAAUUGAAAUCUACGGCAAAAGCAAAGCCAAAGUCUGCUUGUCCCUGCUGGAAAGGCUAAAGGAUCAAGCAGAUGGAAAAUACGUCUUAGUUGCUGGGAUCACGCCCACCCCUCUUGGAGAAGGGAAAAGUACAGUGACCAUCGGGCUCGUGCAGGCACUGACCGCACACUUAAACAUCAACUCCUUUGCCUGUCUAAGGCAGCCUUCGCAAGGGCCAACUUUCGGCGUUAAAGGAGGCGCUGCAGGUGGCGGCUAUGCGCAGGUCAUCCCCAUGGAGGAGUUCAACCUUCACUUGACCGGGGAUAUCCAUGCCAUCACUGCCGCCAAUAACUUGCUGGCUGCUGCCAUCGACGCAAGGAUUUUUCACGAAAACACUCAAACUGACAAGUCUCUGUACAAUCGCCUGGUUCCUUCGGUGAAUGGUGUUCGAGAAUUUUCAAACAUUCAGCUUGCUCGGCUGAAGAAACUGGGAAUAAAUAAGACGGAUCCCAGCGCACUGACAGAAGAGGAAAUGAGCAGAUUCGCCCGUCUCAACAUCGACCCCCCCACCAUCACGUGGCAGAGAGUAUUGGAUACCAAUGACCGGUUCCUACGGAAAAUAACGAUCGGGCAAGCCAGCACGGAGAAGGGGUACUCCCGGCAGGCGCAGUUUGACAUCGCGGUGGCCAGCGAGAUCAUGGCGGUGCUGGCCCUGACCGACAGCCUCAAGGACAUGAAGGAGCGGCUGGGGAGGAUGGUGGUGGCCAGUGACAGAAAUGGGCAGCCCAUCACAGCAGAAGAUUUGGGGGUGACAGGUGCUUUGACAGUUUUGAUGAAAGAUGCAAUAAAACCAAAUCUGAUGCAGACCCUAGAAGGGACGCCCGUCUUUGUGCAUGCUGGUCCCUUUGCUAACAUCGCCCAUGGCAACUCUUCCGUGCUGGCUGAUAAAAUUGCCCUGAAACUAGUGGGUAAAGAAGGAUUCGUAGUAACUGAAGCCGGCUUUGGUGCUGACAUUGGCAUGGAGAAGUUCUUCAACAUCAAGUGUCGAGCUUCUGGUCUGGUGCCCAACGUCGUGGUGCUCGUGGCAACAGUGCGCGCUCUGAAGAUGCACGGAGGCGGGCCCAGUGUAACUGCUGGUGUCCCUCUUAAGAAAGAAUACACAGAGGAGAACAUCCAGCUGGUGGCAGAUGGCUGCUGUAACCUCCAGAAGCAAAUUCAGAUCGCUCAGCUCUUCGGGGUUCCUGUUGUCGUGGCUCUGAAUGUCUUCAAGACUGACACCCGAGCUGAGAUUGACUUGGUGUGUGAGCUCGCGAAGAGGGCUGGCGCCUUUGAUGCGGUCCCCUGCUACCACUGGUCGAUGGGUGGAAAGGGCUCGGUGGACCUGGCGUGGGCUGUGAGAGAAGCUGCAAGUAAAAGAAGUCGUUUCCAGUUCCUGUAUGAUGUUCAGGCACCCACGGCUUUUCACCCUGAUGACCUCUGCACCUGGCCCAUCAUCCUUGCUCUGCUCCUGUCGGUCUGCCCACCACAGAAAGGCACCACCAAAUCAAAGCAAGACGUUUAGCAUUGUUUCUCCAUU